AUGGCACACCUCUCCACAAAUGGCUCCAUCACAAACGGAAGCACUCACUCCUCACAUACCCUCUCCUCCCUCCCCAAAUCCAAUAUCUUCACUUCCAACCUCCCAGCAGAUGCCGUCUUCGCCACUCCCGCAGACUCUCACGCCGCUCCUCGAGAAACACUCGGCCCACGCCUCGUUAAAAGCGCAUUAUACACGUAUGUCCGACCCGAGAUAACCCACUCUCCCGAAUUGCUAUGCGUCAGUCGUCGCGCAUUACGAGACCUAGGCUUAAAGCCAGAAGAGGCAGAUACAGAAGAGUUCAAGCAUGUAUUUGCCGGGAAUAAGAUUUUGACGUGGGACGAAGGGACUAAAGAAGGUAUAUACCCAUGGGCACAAUGCUAUGGUGGAUAUCAGUUUGGGCAAUGGGCAGGCCAGUUGGGUGACGGACGGGCUAUAUCGCUAUUCGAGACUACGAAUCCGGAUUCUGGGACCAGGUAUGAGGUCCAGUUAAAAGGAGCGGGCCGGACACCGUACUCCAGGUUUGCCGAUGGGAAGGCGGUGCUGAGGAGUAGUAUUCGGGAAUUUGUCGUCAGCGAGUAUUUGAACGCAAUUGGUAUUCCGACUACAAGAGCCCUAGCGUUGACGCUAGCGCGGAGGUCGAAGGUCAUGCGAGAAAGGGUGGAACCAGGCGCCAUCGUAACCCGAUUUGCGCAGAGUUGGGUCCGGCUUGGGACCUUCGAUCUCCUAAGAAUGAGAAGCGAUCGCGCAUUAAUCCGACAACUGGCCGACUACACGGCCGAACACAUCUACGGAGGAUGGGAAACCCUCCCCUCCAAACUCCCCCCCGGAGACGCAAACACUACUUCUACCUCAGUCAGCCCCGGCAUCCCUAAAGAAACUACUGAAGGCUCAGGUGUGGAAGAAGAAAACCGUUACACGCGUCUCUAUCGCGCCGUAAUCCGCCGCAACGCUACUACAACAGCAGCGUGGCAAGCCUACGGCUUCAUGAACGGUGUGCUUAAUACAGACAACACCUCUAUCCUGGGCCUGUCUAUCGACUUCGGCCCCUUCGCCUUCCUGGAUUCUUUCGACCCCUCCUACACACCCAACCACGACGACCACAUGCUCCGCUACUCGUACCGCAACCAACCCACCAUAAUCUGGUGGAACCUGGUUCGUUUCGGCGAAGCGGUCGGCGAACUCAUGGGCGCGGGAUCUAAAGUCGACGACCCCGUAUUCGCCUCACAGGGCGUCAAGCAAGAAGAUGCCGAUGAGCUCGUCAAACGCGCUGAGUCCAUCAUCGAGCGCGCAGGCGAAGAAUACAAAGCCGUGUUCAUGGCUGAAUACAGACGUCUCAUGACUUCCCGUCUCGGACUCAAAAAUUUUAAAACUUCAGAUUUCGAGGAAUUGUUCUCGGAAUUCUUGGACUGGUUGGAGGCGUACGAGUUGGAUUUCCAUCAUGCGUUUAGGAGACUUGGAUAUGUCAGUCUUGCGGAAUUGGAGACGGACCAAGGAAGGAGGGAUGUUGCAGGUCGGUUUUUCAAGCGUGAUGAAGCGCCACGGCAGGAGAGUGAGAGGAGAGAGAGGAUUGCGAAGUGGCUUGAGAAAUGGGCGGCGAGAGUUAGGGAGGAUUGGGGGGAGGGGAGGGAUGGGGAAAGGAAGAUAGAGAUGGAGAAGGUGAAUCCAAAAUUUGUCCCUCGGUCCUGGAUAUUAGACGAGCUGAUUGAACGCGUUGAAAAGAAAGAGGAGCGGGAGAUUCUAGAUCAUAUCAUGAGGCUCAACCUGAACCCGUUUGAGGAGCAUUGGGGCUGGGAUGAAGCAGAGGAAGAGAGGUUCUGUGGCGAUGUACCGAAGUAUAAGGGGAUGCUGCAGUGUUCGUGCAGCUCGUAG